GCAAAAUCAAUGCAUUAGGCCAUAGUGCAAAGUGAGAGAGAGCUUCACCUUUGCAAAGAAGAGGAGAGACAGAGUGGAAAUUGUAUCAUUCGGCCCCAUGGCCACUACUUCUCAUCAAUAUACUCUGAGGUUGUUUGUGUUGUCUUGUGCUUUGGUUGGUUCUGUCCUCUGCAAGGAUUUGCAGGCUGACACUUACCACACCAUUGAAGUCAGCUCUCUCCUUCCCUCUGCUUCUUGCAAGCACUCUGCAACUAAAGGUGAUGCUAAGGCUUCGUCACUAAAAGUAGUCCACAAGUUCGGUCCAUGUGCGUCGCUGCGCCGGUUGGGCCCUAGCAUCAAACAACCGACCCAUGCCGACAUCCUCCGGGAGGACCAGUCCAGGGUCAACUGGAUCAACUCCCGGUUGACCUCCAAGGUAGCCUCGGUCGUGGGACCCAACCAGGUGGGGCAGUCGGAUGUGAACAUCCCCGCGAAGUCGGGCAGCACAGUGGGGUCGGGGAACUAUGUGGUGACAGUGGGGCUGGGAACGCCCAAGCGGGAGCUGUCGUUGAUAUUUGACACUGGCAGCGACUUGACAUGGACCCAGUGCAAGCCCUGUGUGAAGUACUGCUACGAGCAGAAGGAGCCGAUCUUUGACUCUAAGGCGUCGACAUCUUACGGCAAUAUUUCUUGUACCUCGAGUGCCUGCUCUCAGCUCUCGUCCGCCACAGGUAACAAUCCAGGCUGCUCCUCAUCAGCAUGUGUCUAUGGCAUACAGUACGGGGACACGUCGUACUCGGUCGGGUUCUUUGGGAAGGAAAAGCUGACCUUAACACCCACCGACACAUUUGACAACUUCAUGUUUGGAUGCGGGCAGAAUAAUCGUGGACUCUUCGGUGGUGCUGCUGGGCUUCUCGGGCUCGGGCGGGACAAGCUCUCAAUUGUGGAGCAAACGGCUACAAUGUACGGGAGAUAUUUUUCCUAUUGCCUGCCCUCUUCCCCGAGCAAGACAGGGCAUCUGACCUUCGGUAAAGGCACCAGCGCAGGCACCCUGAAGUUCACCCCGCUGUCGACAAUCUCUGAGGGAGCUUCAUUCUAUGGUAUCACCAUACAAGGCAUCAGUGUUGGGGGAAAGAAGCUGUCAAUCCCCGCGUCGACAUUCUCCAAUGUCCCCGGGAUUAUUGAUUCUGGGACAGUGAUCACCCGACUGCCCCCGACUGCAUACACCGCCCUGAGGAACGCUUUCAGGCAGCUGAUGACAAAGUACCCCACUGCACCCGCGCUCUCUAUACUCGACACCUGCUACGACUUCAGCAAUUACAGCUCAGUGUUCAUACCAGAGGUGGGAUUCUCCUUCAGCGGGGCCGUGGAGGUCAACCUAGACCGAACCGGGACAAUGUACACGGCAAGCACCUCUCAAGUUUGCCUGGCAUUUGCCGCAAACAGCGACGACACAGACGUCCUCAUAUAUGGGAAUGUGCAACAACAGACUUUUGAGGUUGUGUACGAUGUCGGGGCAAUGAAGCUUGGCUUUGCCCCCAAGGGAUGCGCCUAAGGGCAGCAACAGGUUUUUGAAGUUUCUAACCCAAGCUCAGUUUUUUAGCUUGUACGGGUCAAUAUCACGGAAGAUCUAAAAAGACAGGCUUCGGGUUCGUUUCUUCCAUAGGUUUGAGCCGAUGAGGGAGAGGGAAAAGCCACGCCUGCAUUGGCUCUCUCGAUCAUGACUCGGUCAAAAUAUAUAGUAAGGUUAUAGAAUAAUUGAAUCGAAAUGGCAAAAACUGAUAGUGGAACUGUAAAUAAUUGUUGGUUGGAAGCUGUGGUGGCCUUUUUCCUGGGUGUAAGCAAAGACCCUCAUUAAGUCAGUUGCAGAAAACUGCGGAAGCAGAAAGAAAACGGACAUCGAAACUCAUGUUUUUGUUCUUUGGAUUUGUUCUAUGUCAAAAGUUAUGUUGGGCAGAUUAUAGUGUCCAGCAAAUGUCAAUGUAAUAUGCAACUUUACUUUGAAUUUUCAUUGAAAUGUAAUGCAAGUUUAGUCUAAUAUUUAAUCCAAAUCAACUUAAGGGCCA